AUGUACAUUUUUUCAGCUUCUUACAAUCAUUACAUAACUAUAUACGCCAGACAUAGACGGACGAAUUAUGAAUACGUUCAUGUUACUGCGUGGGAAGAUAUAUUUGAUGUUGCAUGUGGGUUAUGGACCUUUGGCAAGAAUUGUCCUUCUACUCAAAUUGUUGAUUCCAAUCCAGAUUCAAACAACUUAAGUAUACAAUUCUAUCAACGAAGUAGAAUAGAUAUUAAAGAACCAGAAACUUUCCCAUUGUUCGUUCCUAGUGCUAAUGGAACGUGUACUUGCCAGGCCGGAUGGACGUCUGACGAAAAUCCAGAUGGUCUAUUGGAAGAAGUCGGAAAGACUACGCUGUUUUUAAGCUUAGGUAAAAGAUUAUCAAUUUUGAGAAGCCCUUUUCCAAAACGAAGCACGCUUAGCUUUUUCGUACACGUAUGCGAGCGUGUAAAAUCUAUACAUUCUUUUAAUACUCCACCUGCACCAACUCAGAAAUUAGAAGGUACUUAUAACCCGGCGAAGUACGGUCGAGCGUACUACUUUACUGAGAAUGGAGAGCAAAUAAGAAAAAUGCGAAGUUUUUCCAUGGAUAAAAGGGAAAUAAAAGACACCGCAAAUGAUGACACCCCAGAUGUUAGAUGUCGGAAGGUGUACCCGGACGUGUCAAAAAAAGGGACAACAUAUCUUUUUUUGUGGUUUUGUCCUUAUCAUGGUCACUGUCUUGGGUUUCACAUUAUAACAGGAAGUGAAGGAAGAAAGGACGCACUGGCAUCAUUGUAUACCCAUUUGGAAAAAGGGCCCGAAACCAUUUUUUACGAUUUUGCUUGUGGCUGCGAGUACGCCAAAAAUCGAGAAUCUGGGUAUUUUCAAGACACGCGUUUUUUUCAUGACGUGUUCCACGGAUUCAGCCAUAAAUGCUCUCAAGCCUACAACAGUAGCAGGUUAAGUGGAAUGAACUCACCGAACACAAGUAUCUGUGAACAAUUUAACAGCUUUCUGCAAAGAAUUAAAGCCUCGGCAAAAUUAAUGGGACAAGCGCAUUUUACGUUUUACGUUCAAUUCUUCAUACACCAGUGGAACAUUAAAGUUUUUAAUAGUAGCCGGACUAGAAUGAAGAUUGGUUACUACGGUGCGUUUGAGUAGACACUGACUAAGAAGAUUGUGCAAAACGAUAUAAAGUAACAUUAUCAGGUUACAAAAGUGCUAAGCCUAAAAUCUAUUAUUAAAUAUGGUGCGUGAUUUUAUAUAGAAGCCUGAAUAUUUACAAAAGUAAAAAAUAUCCACGUAUAUUAUAAUACAAUUACUGUACUGGA